AUGCCUCGUCAGACUUAUGCUACCGGUCGGGCUGCACCGGCUUCCCUCUCGGCGGCGGCGUUUUUGAUGUUUGUGGCCACAUUGUUUUAUUGGCUGGUAGCGUUCUCAGUUCCAUUCAUCAAACACAUUCAUUUCGUCCACACCAGGGAAAACGACGUCAAGUACGGGACAUUCGGAUGGUGUGCACUGGCCAAUCGAGUGUGUUAUCGUCACGUUGGAUACGCAUGGCAUCCCGAGAUCAUCGACAAUACACAUCUGACCGGAUCGCUUAUCCUCAUUGCUCUUACCGCGGCGUUUGGAACAUUUGCGUUCUUCUCGUUGCUUCACAGUCUUACCGAUCUUAGGAGUGGAGUGUGCAGUUUUUUCCUCACUCUUUUCACAUCAUUCCUCGCAUUCCUGUCCUUCCUACUCGCUCUCAUCUGCUUCGGCGUCGCUCAUCACCGAUUCAACCGAGCUUCUCUCGAUGCCCACUACGGAGCUGCUCUGCCUCUCCUGAUUCUGGGCUGGCUCAUGUACAUGGCUUGUAUCCCGUUGGUCUUCAUCGGUUGGCUCCGUGAACAUCACUACCGCCGUCGAAACCUCGAGGCUUCGACUGUCCCUGCGACCCCUACGACUCGAAGGCGUUGGUUCUGA